AUGGAGCUUGACAAUUUGGAACUAGAUAUUGAAGAUACUGUUUCAACUAAUGUUGAAAGUAUUGAAGAUACGUUGUCUGUUUUCAACGUAAGCCAAUCUCCUGCACAACGUAAAAAAUAUUUUGAAUCCGGUGGUGAAAGGUUACCUUAAUGGGCAAACGUUUUGCCCACUUACAAUUUUUUCAGUGAAGUGUACAGGGGUAUGUGGCCAGUAAGGCAAAUGCAACCUGUGCAGAUGGCUUCUUACUUGAUGUAUCUGUGCGUGUAUCCGAAAAUGAUGAAUGGACAGAAAACACCGGGAAAAAGUAAGUAAUUAUUCUUUAGCUUAAAAUUACAUAAGGGAGGCAUGUAGUUAAGUUUCCAAAUUUGGGAUGAGUUGAGGUUUCCUAUUGGCCAUACUAAUUUUAUAAAUUGUAUUUGUAUAACUAUUUUGUAUAAUUGUUUGUGUACCACAUUCAUGGUAUCCCUUCUACAACUAGAAUUUGAUAAUUAAAACAAAUUAACCUUGGAACUGAGCUAGCUAUGGAUGCACAAGUUUCCUAUGCCAAGAGGCUGUGGAAGCAUUUUGAAAGUGGAUGGGCAUUGGCCAAAAGGGGCAAUUUUGUAUGUGACCAUAAUCAAACGAUUUCAUGUCUUUCAUGAGCCGAACAAAAAUUUUUGAAAAUGUGGAGUCUCUAUAACGUCGGAAAUGGCCUUUACAGACUCUUUAGUACAACUGCAAAAAGGGCACUUUCUUUCCAGCAAAAUUGAAUCGAAUGUAUUCAGCCCAGAAAAGGGCACUUUUUUACUUUUAGAGCUUGCGUACAUAUUAAGUCGGAAUUUUUAGUUGUUUUCGAUCAAUUAUACCGUGUAAAAAGUAUCAAAUUUACGAUGAGAAAUUAAAUACUUCAUUUAUAUUUUGCAACAAUUGCCAAGCAUGCGUGCAAGGCACAUUGUAAAUGCAAUGUGAAUAAUUAGAUUUCUCGCCAGAGCUAUGCCAACCCUUAACCCGCGAACGGGCAUGCUCGGAGAACGAGAUUGCCCUAACAAGGGAAUGGGAAUAAAGGGGGGGGGGGAGGGGUAGCAAGCUCAAAUUUAGUUAUUCAUAUCUGUAUUUUACUACUGUUUUUAUACAGGAAAAGUUUGUAUAAUUCUUAAUAUAUGCCAUUUAUUUUGGACUUACCUAUAAUAUCAGCUGUUUUGUUAGGCAAUCUUAUUUCCUGACAUGGAAGGACAUGUCAACUCAGAAUGGAAUAAUGAAUGUCUUCAAAUCGACCAAGCUGUGGGCUGCCCAUCAAAGAAGCAAUAUUUGCUGAUUUAUAUGAAAGAAUUGUGCGACUCAUAUACAUCAGCUGCCAAUGCACACAGCGUGUUCCCAAUCGAAGUUAGCCUGCGAACAGGCUCUCUUUGAACUCUCUUUCAAAUUUGAGAGCCUGCUGGCCUAGCUAAUAAAAACGCGUCUGUGCGUUGCUUAGAAUGACGCAGGGUUCCCAUUGGUUGAAACCCAGUAGUUGGUUAAUUAACUAUAUUAUACUGCCAUAAAAGGCAAUACAAUUUACACAAUAUUAAACACAACAAUAGAUUCAAGAUGUUUACACAAUUAAGCAUAGAAAGUCGUUCUAUAGAGAUAAAAAAUGUAUUAGACGAGUUGUCUAGAAAACUAAAUUUUUGUUUAAAGUUAAAGGAUGGGCAGUCAAACGCUCUAAAUAGUAUUCUAGAUGGAAACGAUGUUCUUGCUGUAUUACCGACAGGCUACAGCAAAAGUUUAAUAUUCCAACUUUCAGUCCUUGUCGAGGAGAAAAAAAGAAAACAACCCACUAUAGCCAUCAUCAUUUGUCCUCUAAUUAGCAUUAUAAGGGACCAAAUUGAAGAAGCUAAGGAUCUUGGUAUUAGCUCGGUUUGCCUUAGUGACAAACAGAACAUAGAUGACAUAAAAUCGGGGAAGAUUCAAUUGAUAUUUGGAUCGGCCGAAAACGUUCUCAACAAGUGUUUUCUCGACGCUUUAAAAGAUACAAGUUGCCAUUUGCAUAAUAGUUUGGUUGCGUUUGUCUCACGUUAUUGAGACGUGCACUGGAGAAAGGUAAAUACAAAUUCAACAUGCACAUUUUAUUUUUAUUGAUAAAAAAGUCUUUAUAAUUUGGCGUGGCCUAUAAAAUGUAAUGUCUAAAUCUAUUGUAUCGUUCGUUUAUUAAAUGUAUAAAUGUCCUAAUCUAUUUGCAGAAAUAGAAAGAGUGCAUUUCAUGAAGCUUUUGGACGAAUUGCAACAAUUAGAUCAUUUUGUAAAGAAGGUAAUAUAUAUUAUAAAACUAUAUUUACAUAAUAUUUUAUUUUCUGUUUUAUUCUUUGUUCAUUUUAUUUGGAUGAUUCUAAAUUAACCCAUCGAGCUGCAAUGCGCCCAGUGCUCUCCCUACUUUUUUAUACUUGUCUACCGCCAGACAAUUUUAGUCGUCAAUGGGGAUGUAGUGGGUUAAGUGUCGAGGCCGGGUGCCCUUACUUUUUACUUUACUGUGUCUAUAAAUGCCAGAUUAUUUUAAUCAAGGGGAGACCCAAUAUUUGAAUUAAUCUCUUUGUUCUUUUGGAAAAUCUUACAAAUACUGUACAUGUGUAUUAUUUCCUAGGAACUCCUUUUGUUGCUUUAACUGGAACUGCUGAUGGAAUGACACAAAGAGCCAUCAUCACACAUUUGUCACUUUGCAAUCCAGUGGUAAUUAAAGUUUCCCUGAAUCGACCAAAUCUAUGAUUGUCUGUCAUUAAAUGUGGCAGGCUUGAUAUGCUUAAUGGAUUGACAUGGCUUAUUGAAUUGGUAAAAGAAAAUGGAAUACAUUGCACCAAAACAUUAAUAUUUUGCAAUGGAACUUUAACUGACAUUUCUGUGGUUACUAAUUUUUUGUUACAGAAAUUAGGAAAAUAUGCUUAUGACCCUCAAGACUGUCAAGUACCAGAGAACUGCCUAAUUGGCAUAUAUUAUUCGUUGACACCACAAAAGUACAAGGACAGAAUCGUACAGUCUUUUAAAGGUGAUGGGGGGAAAAGAAUUGCAGUUACUACAACGGCAUUAAGUGUGGGAGUUAACUUUCCUGAUGUUAGAUACAUUGUCCACUGGGGGCCGCCAAGGGAUUUGCUCGACUACCACCAAAAAUCAGGCCAUGCAGGAAGAGAUGGACUAACUGCUGACGUGGUAACACAUAUUUUUAUGGGCAGCAACUCAGUCAUUGUGAAUUGGCCGUUAAAGAUUUUGUCAAUUCUACAGGAUGCUACAGAGUAG